AUUAAAAGCAUCAAUGGCUUCACGUACAUUAAUCCAGCUUCAGAUUUUUCUUAUUUUGGUUCUUUCAACAACAGCUUUCUCAGACGUCUUGUCUCCUUAUUACUAUGAGAAAGUGUGUCCCGAAGCUUUGCCAACUAUCAAACGAAUAGUGGAAGCUGCUGUUUACAAAGAACGCCGCAUGGGUGCCUCUCUUCUGCGUCUGCACUUCCAUGACUGUUUUGUUCAGGGUUGCGAUGCAUCGGUUCUCCUGGAUGCGACACCCACCAUCGACGGUGAAAAGAACGCAGUUCCCAACCUCCAUUCCCUUAGAGGUUUUGGAGUCAUCGACCAGAUUAAGAAAGAGGUCGACAAAAUUUGUGGAGGCCCAGUUGUUUCUUGUGCAGACAUUUUGGCUGUUGUAGCUCGUGAUUCUGUUGUUGCGCUUGGAGGACCAUCAUGGACGGUGGCAUUGGGGAGAAGAGACUCGACCACUGCUAGCAGGAACUUAGCCAAUAUCAACCUUCCAUUAGCAACAUUUAAUCUCGCAGAACUGAGCAGUAACUUCAAAAACCAAGGGUUGGACGAGAGAGACUUAGUGGCGCUAUCUGGUGGUCACACCCUUGGUUUCUCACAUUGUCGUCUCUUUAAGGACAGAAUUUACAACGCAACAAACAUUGAUACUGAGUUCGCAGAAGAGCGAAGAAAGACAUGCCCACGUAUAGGAGGAGACAACAAUCUUGCUCCUUUGGACCCAACAUUUGCCCAUUUUGAUACUGCAUAUUUUUCUAACUUGAUAAAAGAGAAGGGGCUUCUUGACUCAGAUCAAGCACUUUUUAAUGGUGGCUCAACCGAUGAACUGGUAAAGACUUAUAGCUAUAACCCCAUGGCUUUCUUUGCUGAUUUUGCCAAGUCUAUGAUUAAGAUGGGGAACAUACAAGUGUUGACCGGGAACCAAGGUCAAAUUCGUUCGAAUUGCAGGAAGGUGAAUUCCUAA